AUGUCUAUCCAUCCCUCUGCUAGCUCCUCCACCAUCAACAUCAAUGGCCGGUCUCACACCAGUGCAGAGAAGGAAAAGCAGCCUGCAGCCGCUCCUAGGCUGUUCUCAAACAACUUCACCGAUAAGGAGCUCGCAGCCCAGCGGAAGGAGUACAUCAAGAGUUUGGUCGUUGGGUGUUUUUCUAUGGUUAUAUUGAUGUUCGGCGUCUUCUCAAUAUACUGGGGAGCAUUGUGGAAAGUACCUGAUCACAAGCUGCCUGGAUGGGUUGUGGAUUUUGAUGGAUCUACAAUCGGUGGUAACGUCACUAGUGCGCUCUUAGCAGAUGUCUCCUCUACGGCGAGGAUAUCUUGGACACAACGGGCGGCGUCAGAUUUUUCAGGCCCGGACGAUGUCGGAGAUCAUGUGGUGGACCAACGAGCCUGGGUGGCUGUCGUCAUUCACGCCGGUGCUACUUCAACCCUCAAUGCAGCCAUAUCCUCGCCCAAUUCCUCGUAUAACGGCUCUGCGGCUGUCACUGUGUACGCUGUGGAAGCACGGAAUGAGAAUGCAUUCCGCUCGUUAAUUCGUCCUUACAUCAUGACGACUAUGGCAACCAUAUCUCAGAGCUUCGCCCAGUGGUUCGGAACUCAGGUCGCUGCAUCCACAUCAUCUGAAGCCUUGGCUUCGAUCCUCCAAACUGCGCCACAAAUCAUUACCGAGCCUAUCAGCUACACGAUCGACAACCUGCGGCCAUUCAAUGUUCCUGUGGCGAGUGCUAUCACCUUCGUUGGCCUUAUCUAUCUUUUAGUCCUCUGCUUCUUCAUCGUGUUGAUUGGCUCCGGCGCUCGUAUGGCCUCCGGCAUCGAAAUGAAACUGACGACGAAAUCACUCAUCAAAGUCCGUCUGUACUCGACGAUCGCUUUGUACUUCAUGAUCUCAAUCUUCUACUCCACGUUGAGCAGAGCUUUCCAAGCAAACUUUGACACGAAGUUCGGUCGUGCAGGCUUCUUCAUCUUCUGGAUGCUCAACUUCGUUGGCAUGCUUUCUGUCGGACUCGCGCUUGAGGCUAUGAUCACGCUCUUGACGCCGAGAUUCAUGCCUUUCUUCAUGAUCUCAUGGAUCAUCACCAACGUGUCUGUCUGCUUCAUGCCCAUCGAAGUUCUCCCGCACUUCUACCGCUACGGCUACGCGUUCCCCUUCUACAAUGUCUCGGGCGCCGUCAGGACCAUCCUUUUCGGAACUAAGAAUCAACUCGGACUUCAUUUCGGCGUCCUUAUCGCUUGGACUGUUAUCUCUCUCAUCACCCUUCCCCUGUUCCAAUGGAAUGCGAGACGCAUGAUGGCCAAUGCCGCUGCUCGUGCCGCUGCUCCUCAGGCGGAAGAAAAGGGAAAGAAUUGA